CGCACCGCCAACACGCCAGCGUCUGCUCAAACAAGAUAGUUUGGACCGAAGGACUGUGCUUUAUCUAUACGGUUCCUCAGUGGUGCUAUAUAUGGUUGUUUUCCCACCUAUGGCAGCGAUCAUAUGACCUUGAUGGUGCUACAACAGACUUAUGAAAAGCUGGUCCGAACAGGGCGGAGUCGGGUCAUUUAUCUAGUCUGCGUAUCACCAAGACAUUACAUUGCGACCUCUUGGUGGAAAAUAAUUUGCUGCAGUCUUGGCUCUUCACGUGGGAACCAUGACCUACUUGUAUGUUUUCUUGUUCUUGGCGACACUUUGUCUUGCUGCUCCUUUUGAUGUUCGACCUCGUGCCGGGCCAAGCGGACAAGUGCUCACCCCAGUUGGUGGAACUACCAUAACCCAGUUAGGCGGCGUGUUGGAGUUCGCCUACCAGCCAGUAACGGAAGCGAUGAAUCCGGGCUACGCAACUCAAUACGUCAAUCUGUUUAUCUGGAACGAGGAUACGGAUAUCAUCACUCCGCUUGCGGUCGGACUGAGCACACCAGACGAGGAGGAAGAUGCCAUCGUAUCGGGUCUGAUCACCGCUAACUUCAGCUUCGCCGCAGGGGGAGUGUGCGGCAAUAACUUACAGCUCGUGGUGUAUGAAUAUCAGACUGGAACCGAGGCGCCCACGGAUGGAUUCCAGAGCGCGGCACCGUACUUCGCGGUCAUCGAUUGUUUCAACAAUGGCAGUGCGAUCACCUCAUUGGGACAUGAUGGAGGAAACUGGAAUUCUCCAGCUGAGGGGUCAACCAUCGGCUUGCAUCGUGAUUCGGAACUGCUCAGCUACUCGGCUCAGUCUGGGGAGAUAUUCUUCACCUAUUCAAUGGACAUCGAUGUACAGCAGAAUACGUCCCCUAUAGACGAUGAGAGUACUUGGAAACCAGUUAUUCAUCACCUCUCUGGGUACUUUGCACCAUGGGGAGCAGCAUACUUCUCGCCCUUGCAUUGGGGCUUUAUCGGCGGCGUGCGCUUGAGAACUACCGUAUAUGACAUGUUGUAUAACGACUGGACAUCCGGCACGAAUUACCUCAAUGUGACCGUUGUCGACACAUACUGAGGCCGAGAUCGUUGUGGACAGAGUUGGCCAUGAGAGCACCGACCGUAAUCGAUAUUUUUGUAUGUCGCGGUGCAAACUGCAGGCUUUUGGUUCUUCCACAGCCUGAACCCGAUUGUCACAUAGCUUUCCGCUUCCAUCUUAUCGGUUGAAAGAACAUCCAUGUUUGAUGCCAAGCUAUUUUCCUUCUCCCUUGUAUGAGCGGCGACGUGCCUGGGUUGUCUCCCGAGCAGGACAGCCAU